UAAAGAAACACAAUGGAGCUGAAACCUUUGUGGAAGAAGCUGGGCUCAGUAUUGCGCGCCACGCUCACGUUCCUCUUUGCUCUGCUGGUCCUGAGUGUGAUGGUGUGGGCCUACGUCGACGGUUUCCAACUCGCAACCUCCACGUAUGGAAUCAUCUCCUUUGGCUUUUAUGGACUGCUCCUCUCCCUCCACGUGUUCAUCCAGAGCUUCUUCGCCUUCAUCGAACACCGGCGUAUGAAGGCCCGCACGGAGCCGUGCACCUUCACCAAAACUAUCGGCUUCACUAUAUCGGCCUACCAGGAGGACCCUACCUAUCUCAGAGAGUGCCUCAACUCCAUCAGGGCUCUCAAGUAUCCUCCUGAGCUGCUGCGCAUCAUCAUGGUGGUAGACGGGAACUCAGACGAUGACCGAUAUAUGAUGGACAUGUUCAGAGAGGUGUUUAUCGACCAGGAUCCCGGCUGUUAUGUGUGGAGAAACAACUACCACACGUGGGACCCCACCCAGGCCCAGCCGGAUGAGGAGAAGGGCACAACUAUGGGCACAGCAGCGGAUGCUGAUUAUGUUAUAGGAGAGGAUCCGCAGCGAAAAGAGGUAGAACACUUGAUCCAGAGCAAGAGCUGUGUGUGCAUUAUGCAGAAAUGGGGCGGCAAGCGGGAGGUGAUGUACACAGCAUUCAAAGCACUUGGAUCAUCAGUUGACUACAUACAGGUAUGUGACUCAGACACGAAGCUGGACUCUCUGGCCACAGAGGAGCUGUGCAAGGUGCUGGAGAGCAAUUCCAAGUACGGUGCUGUGGGAGGAGAUGUGAUGAUCCUCAACCUGAAAGACUCGUACAUCAGCUUCAUGAGCAGUCUGAGGUACUGGAUGGCUUUCAACAUCGAAAGGUCCUGCCAGUCCUUCUUCAACUGUGUGUCCUGCAUCAGUGGGCCUCUGGGCCUGUACAGGAACGAUCUCCUCCAGCAGUUUCUGGAGUCCUGGUACAAUCAGAAGUUUUUGGGAACUCAUUGCACCUUUGGUGACGACAGACAUCUCACAAACCGGAUGCUGAGCAUGGGCUACGCCACUAAAUACACAGCUCGCUCCAAAUGCUACACGGAGACACCUGCUCAGUUCCUGCGCUGGCUGAGCCAGCAGACUCGCUGGACAAAAUCGUACUUCCGUGAGUGGCUCUACAAUGCAAUGUGGUGGCACAAACACCACCUGUGGAUGACCUACGAGUCCAUCGUCUCAGGUAUUUUCCCCUUCUUUGUCACCGCCACCAUCAUCCACCUGUUUUGGACCGGCACACUGUGGGACAUCCUCUGGAUCCUCUGCUGCAUCCAGUUGAUCGGGCUGGUGAAAGCGGCCUACGCCUGCAUUCUGCGCAGAGACAUGGUGAUGGUGUUCAUGUCACUCUACUCCGCUCUGUACAUGACGAGCCUGCUGCCCGCCAAGUAUUUCGCCAUCAUCACCAUGAACAAAAGCAGCUGGGGCACAUCAGGCAGGCGUAAGAUUGUUGGGAACUACAUGCCCCUACUCCCUCUGACAGUGUGGGCAGCCAUUCUAUUAGGCGGGCUCGCCUUUAGAAUCUACAAGGAGAGUCAACUGGACUGGUUUACUCCAGCCAAGAUACUGGAAGUUGAGUUUCUUGUCUUUGGCUGCGCGGCCUACAUUUGCUACUGGCUGUUCAUGAUGUUCCUCUACUGGGCGUGGUUCCGCAGGUUAUGUAGGAAACGCGCUCAGAAAUACACAGUCAGUGUGUAGAUCCCAAGUGUCCAGUGACAGAUGGUUUCGAAGACAAAAGUUCUGUUGUGUCAGAAACUGUGAUGUUGAGGUUGUCAGUCACAUUAACCUGAGAGACUGCAACCCAGUGAAGAAGAUUUACUUAUUUUAUUAAUUUGAUUUCUUUAGUCAAGCUGUAUAUUAAUGUUUGACAGGGUCUGAAUGAAAAUGAUAACAUGUUGAUAACACAACAAAAAUAUUGCUAAUAUAUAAGGACACAUGUUUGAUCGAUGUGGAGAUGUUGUUGCACAUUGAAAUGAAACUGUACUCAGGGCUUUCUGGCUCAUGCACUUCUGAGGUUUCUCUUUGCCAGUUGAAGACAGGUGAGAUGACCUUACAACAGAUAUUUAUUCAUGAUCUAUUGAACUGCUAUUUAGUUAAAACAUGUUGAUUAAAGGGUGUGGGUAUGUAUUUAAAAAAAAUAUUCGGACAAUAUGUCCACGUGUGAGUGUUACAGAUGCCUCACUGUGCCAGUUGAGUGACCAUUUCUUCAGCACUGCAAUUGCCAUUGCACUGGAUCGCGGACAACACUUUCUGUAACACUGCACAGUCACUUGAAAAAAUACAGAAAAUUGCAGUUAUGGUAUUGUGCUGUGGGGAAAAUGAACAAGCAGAAGAAGACGCCUUAUCUUUAUCAGAAAACUGAACAAUGAUAAUGAUAUGACUGAAGACCGAAGUAUGGAGUCACUCAUGAAACAACGGGUACAGAAGUUUCAGUUAAUAUUGUAUUUAGUUGCCGUACACCUAUUCUCUUGAUAUGUGAAGAACUUUGUAAGAUGCACCUCUGAGAGGAAAAUGGACAAUCAUAGGCAAGUUAUGUAUAUUUUUCUAGACAAAAUAUAUGUUACAAUGGCUGGAAAUACUUGUAGUUUGAAAAUGUGAACAAAUGAAUGGAUUUGUGAACUUGUGAUGAGAUGAAAAAUAAAAUGUUUUGUAUAUUUGUGUAUUAGGUAUGAUGUAUUUA